AUGGGUUUGUCCGUUGAGCUCAAGACCCCGGUGACUGGCGCCUACAACCAGCCCACUGGACUGUUCAUCAACAACGAGUGGGUUGAGGGUGUCGACAAGCAGACCUUCGAGGUUAUCAACCCCACCACCGAGGAGGUUAUCUGCUCCGUUCACGAGGCCACUGAGAAGGAUGUCGACAUUGCCGUCGCCGCCGCCCGCAAGGCCUUCGAGGGCGUCUGGAAGGAGACCACCCCUACCCAGCGCUCCAUUCUGCUCCUGAAGCUUGCCGAUCUCGCUGAGAAGAACACUGAUCUUCUUGCCGCCGUCGAGUCUCUCGACAACGGAAAGUCCAUCACCAUGGCCAAGGGCGAUGUUGGUGCCGUCAUUGGCUGCCUGAGAUACUAUGGUGGCUGGGCCGACAAGAUCGAGGGCAAGACCAUCGACAUUUCCCCUGACAUGUUCCACUACACCCGCCAGGAGCCCAUUGGUGUCUGCGGUCAGAUCAUCCCCUGGAACUUCCCCCUGCUCAUGCUUUCUUGGAAGAUCGCCCCCGCCCUCGCCACGGGUAACACCAUCGUCAUGAAGACUGCUGAGCAGACUCCCCUGUCCGCCCUGGUCUUCGCCAACCUCAUCAAGGAGGCUGGCUUCCCCGCUGGUGUCUUCAACCUCAUCAACGGUUUCGGCAAGGUCGCCGGUGCCGCCAUCUCUUCCCACAUGGACAUCGACAAGGUCGCCUUCACUGGUUCCACUCUCGUCGGUCGCCAGAUCAUGAAGGCCGCUGCCAGCUCCAACCUCAAGAAGGUCACCCUCGAGCUCGGUGGCAAGUCCCCCAACAUCGUCUUCAACGACGCCGAUAUCGAGCAGGCCAUCUCCUGGGUCAACUUCGGUAUCUACUACAACCACGGCCAGUGCUGCUGUGCCGGUACCAGAAUCUACGUCCAGGAGGGCAUCUACGACAAGUUCCUUGCGGCGUUCAAGAAGCGCGCCCAGGAGAACAAGGUCGGUGACCCGUUCCACCCCGAGACCUUCCAGGGCCCCCAGGUUUCCCAGCUGCAGUUUGACCGCAUCAUGGGCUACAUCCAGGCCGGUAAGGAGGAAGGUGCCACCGUCGAGACCGGUGGUGCCAGACACGGCGACAAGGGUUACUUCAUCCAGCCCACCAUCUUCAGCAACGUCACCCCCAAGAUGAAGAUCAUGCAGGAGGAGAUCUUCGGCCCCGUCUGCGCCAUUGCCAAGUUCAAGGACGAGGAGGAGGUUAUCAAGCUCGCCCACGACACCGAGUACGGUCUCGCCGCUGCCGUCCACACCAAGGACCUCAACACUGCCAUUCGCGUCAGCAACACGCUCAAGGCCGGUACCGUCUGGGUGAAUUGCUAUAACAUGCUCUCAUGGCAGCUUCCAUUUGGCGGAUACAAGUCGAGCGGAAUCGGUCGUGAACUUGGUGAGGCUGCUCUGGCAAACUACACUCAGAACAAGUCGGUUGCCAUCCGUUUGGGCGGUGCUCUGUUCUAA